UUCUUCGUCUGUGGUCUGUGAUAAUUUUUGUUGACAAAUUGAUAUUUUCGGCUUUGUGCAGCUUGUGCAGUUUUCGAUGAGUUUUCGCAAUUUCGUCAAAAUAUAAAGGCGAUUACAACAGACAACUAUAUAGGGGCCCUUACGGGUUCCUGAAAGAUACUUAUUUUCUGAAGAGUUUCUAUUGAUUUCCUCUCAAUAUGCCCACAAUGACUGACGAAAGAAACUUCCGAUCGUCCUACUACGAAAAAGUGGGAUGCCGCGGUGUGGAAGAGAAGAAAUCUUUGGAAAUCCUAAUGAAAGAGAAGCCAUGGGACAGGGUUAAGCUGAAACAGUUCUGUUUACGAUUCACCGUGCCCGCUGCGUACAGAAACUUGGUAUGGAAAGUGCUCCUCGACAUCCUCCCAGUAUACCCAGACUCGCACCAGUUUGUGUCGGAGCAGCGCACCGACCAGUACAAUGACCUGCUGUAUGCCGUGGAGUCACUGGAGAUGGUGGACAUGAAGGCUCCGAGGAGCGAGAUCCUGAUGGCCAUGUGGUUGUUAGAACUAGAGGAACGGAAACCACCCAAGUUUCCUGAAACUAAUUAUUGUUCAUCAGACACUUUCAUCCCAAUAGCCAACACACUUCUGCAGCUGUAUGACAACGAGGUGGAUGUGUACUGGCUGUGCAAGUCCCUUACUGAGAUAGUGCGGAACAUGCAGAAAGACUUGCACAAACUGAAGGAGGCCUUCCAUACUAUGCUGGAGAAAGAGGACCAGGAGCUUUAUAACCACCUAGUGGAAAUCAAAGCUCUGGAAGUGCUCCCACUGACUAAAUGGUUCAACUGCUGCUUUGCUGGUGUUAUAGAUGACACUUCUCUAACCAAGAUAUGGGAUAAGAUAUGCAGCGGCGCUCCAAAAAUCCUGUCUUUCGUGGCUGUGAUGCUGGUGGUGACUCUAAGGAGGAACAUAUUGAAGGCCAAGACGGAGGAAGAAGUGCUCAAGUGCGUUUCUGAGAUUCCAGAGCAAUGUGAAGAGGUAGUGGCGAACAAGGCGAUCGAGCUGUGGCAGUACUACGCUCAGCCUCAGAACGAUCAGCUCGCCAAGAAAUGAUGCAUGACCUUCUAAUGGGCGCCCCCCAUUAGAAGACUGGAUAAUAUGUGACUUAUGUUGUGUGUGAACUAUGCAAAAACAUAGUUAAAAUCUUCCAAAUAUGAAUUCUAGAUAACUCUUAAAAUAUGAUUUAGGUAACUCCUCAAAAUAUAAAUUCAUUUCCCCAUGAAUGAUACCCCACAUGCUAGGGUAAGAAAAAAAAACUGGCUCCUUUUUCAUGUAUGGGAGCCCUCCUAAAAACUAAUUUAAUUGUAUUUCUAAUUCAAUAUUUGGUUUUGGGUCAACGUUCUACGACAAAUACCAAAAUUUCAGGCCUGUCACUCAUUUCUCUAUGAACUAGAGACCUGUGACACGCGGACAGACAGACAGUAGAGUGACAUUAUUAAGGCUCCGUUUUUUAUUAGGGUUCCGUAGCCAAAAUAACAAAAACUAAAUCCUUAUAGAUUCGUCAUGUCUGUCUGUCCGUCCGUAUGUCACAGCCACUUUUUUCCGAAACUAUAACAGCUAUACUGUUGAAACUCGGUAAUUAGAUGUAUUCUGUAAACCGUAUUAAGAUUUUCACACAAAAAUAGAAAAAAAAACAGUAAAUUUUGGAGGUUCCCUAUACUUAGAACUAAAACUCAAAAUUUUUUUUUUCAUCAAACCCAUACGUGUGGGGUAUUUAUGGAUAGGUUUUCAAAAAUGAUAUUGAGGUUACCCGAGUACGGAACCCUCACUGCGCGAGUCUGACUCUCACUUGGCCGGUUUUUACAUGAAAAGAUCUAUUUAUUAUUAACAAGAUUUUGGAUUGUGAAAUGAUGUUAUAAUACUAAUAUUAAAUAACUUAUAACUAGCUA